GAGAUUACACAAUUAACUCACCUCACCUGGUUUCUUGGGUCUGAGUCGCUUGCUUAUUUUAAGGUGGAGACGAAAGCCAGCACACCUUGCGGCUCUCCAGGACCAGCUAUAGACUGUCAAUUGCUGCGUUUCCCAAAGCCUUCUAUCUAUUUUGGCCAGUAGUUCGGGAUGUCGGUGUGUCCUGAUUCGGUGACCUCCGUGCAUCACCUGGGAGACGGAGAUGACAUGCACCAACAAGUUCUCGCCUCCUUUCCUCUUUGUCAGCUGACUGAAGAGGAUCUGGCCCAGAACCCCAUGUUCUGCAGGCUCCUGUCCUCACUCUCUCAGCAUGUGGACCACACCGGCCUCAGCUUGGCCCUUCGGAGAGAACAGGAGAAGGCUGAACAGGAGCUGCGGGUGCAGAGGCUGGGCUGGCUGCGGUCGGAGAGCCUGUUCCAGUUGCUCCGGGAGAUGGUUCAGCAGCACUGCGUCAGAAAGCACCACUCCAGCACCUCAGUGGACGACGACAAGUUCUACGAGACUCUGGAGCGGUGCUUGCUGGUGGCGCAGUGUGCCAGACAGCUGGAUCCCGGCUCCACUGUCGGCCAGGAUCAGCCUCAGCUCCUGGGCCUCUCUGCCAAGCAUGUACUGGGCCAAAUGCCUCCUGAACAGGACGUGCGCUGCAUGAAACCGUGGCUGCUGGUGGAGCUGGAGAAGAGGCUGAAGGAGAAGUGCUUGGCCAUCCUGUCAUACCACCAGCCAGACUGUGAGAACGAGAGUGAGGGACUGAAGAGCCUGAAGCUAUCUCGUCUGCCAGAGACGCUGGAGAAUGAGCGCAAGAGGGCGGAGAGCCUCAGGGAGAAGCACCAGGAGAGCGCCGCCCUGCUGCAGCGGCAGACUCACUGCUACCUCUCUGAGCUCCUGAGCUGUGUCCAUCUCCUGCAGUCUAUUGUUCUGGACCACCGUCUGAAAGCCCAGAAGGAGCUGGACGAGAAGAAAGUGGAGUACCUGGACACCAAGUGUCAGAUCAUCAUCCGCAAGAUCAGGGUAGAAAUGCUGGAGCUUCAGCUGGUGACCUACACACCGGACACGAUAGCCGCCCAUCGAAAGAUGAGGGACGUGCUGGACCGCGAGCUGGGCGCUGCUCAGGUGGAGAAGCAGUCCUCCCAGUCCAUGCUGUCCUCCUUCCAGAUGCUGGGCCAGGACUUUGAGGCACUGGUUGACGAGUACACCUGCCUCCGUCACAAAAUCGACAACAAGAGCUGGGCCCUGAAGGAGUUCUCCCAGCACAGCCACUGAGGAGGCGCCUGGCUGCACUCCCACACCAGUGUUAAAGACUUUCACAGCCAGACACUCACUUCACACAUUUUUUUGUAAACAUAAUUUUGUUCUCUGAAGUAAAAUGUUUCAUUUCUGUUGUCUUGAUACACGUAACAGUACAUUUACCUAAAUAAACGUGUCAUGCAA